AUGUAUAAAACUGUGACAUACUGCUUAAUCACAAAGAAAAAGUUUUCAUAUAAUUACACGUUUACGACCGAAUUUACCAAUACUAUCUAUCUAUCUAUCUAUCUAUCUAUCUAUCUAGGUCUCUGCGUACAUACUGUCCAAUACAUCUACCUGCAGAUCAAAUCUCAUUUCUCUUUAGUCAUCGAUACAGCUAUCCUUUCUCAUCCAUUUUUUAAAACAAAACAACUAGAACACCAACACUGCGUGGAAAAGAGACAUCAGUGUAUUCUAUCUAUCUAUCUAUCUAUCUAUCUAUCUAUCUAUCUAUCUAUCUAUCUAUCUGUCUGUCUGUGCCGAUCUAUCUAUCUAUCUAUCUAUCUAUCUAUCUAUCUAUCUAUCUAUCUCAUCAUAUUCAUAUCUAUCUAUCUAUCUAUCUAUCUAUCUAUCUAUCUAUCUAUCUCAUCAUAUUCAUAUAUCUAUCUAUCUAUCUAUCUAUCUAUCUAUCUAUCUAUCUAUCUAUCUGAGUCUGUGCCGAUCUAUCUAUCUAUCUAUCUAUCUAUCUAUCUAUCUAUCUAUCUAUCUAUCAAAAUAUAUAUAUAUAUAUAUAUAUAUAUAUAUAUAUUCAUUUUUUUUCUUUCUUUUUCUUAUUUUUCGAUCGUUUUUUUUUUUUUUUAUUAUUUCGUUUCCGUUUUUCCGUUUCUUUUUUUUUUUUAUAUAUUCUACUUCCUUUUCUUCUUUUUUUUUUUCUUUUGCAUUUGCACUAUUCGCUCGAUCUUUGUUCAUCUAUCUAUCUAUCUAUCUAUCUAUCUAUCUAUCUAUGUUAAAAUCGACUUUUUAGUAGCAGAUUCUCGUGGCGCGAUUAACCCUUGA